UGCGCGCCCGCGGCCUCGGUUUUCUGCAAUUGGCUGACGGCCUGGCGCCCCACCCCGUGCAUCCUUCAGUCCUAUCCAAAAGCGACGGAGACACUCCCGGCGGCGAGCAGGUUGUCCUGUUGUUCUAUCCGAUUGUCCACUGCUUCUUGUCCUGCUCUUCCAGCUGAUUGCAGUGGUGUUCUUCUCGCAGUUUGAAGAUGGAUCUCAAGGACAGCCUCUCCAGAUUUAAGCAGCAGCAGGAGAGGUGCCAGUCAUCUUUGGCCAGCAUAGCUGCAAGCCAAGCAUCAACCACAAAACCAAAGCACAGGGCCCAACCGAUUAAUGCUCAAUCUGCUCCAGCAAGGCCUGCACAACCUAUUAAAUUUUCAAACGAUACAGAAAGGCUGCAACACAUUAAUUCGAUUAGGAAAUCUCCUAUUGGGGCACAGAUCAAACUUGUCAUUGAGCUGCUUUACAAGACAAGACAAGCUUUUACGGCAGAGCAAAUAAAUGAUGAAACCUAUGUUGAUAUCAAUGGUAAUAAGGCUGUCUUUGAAAGUCUGAGGAAUAACCUCAAAGUACACUAUGAUGGGAGGCGUUUCUCGUACAAGUCCAAGCAUGAUUUGGAGGGGAAAGAUCAACUACUUGAAUUGAUAAGGUGUCACCAGGAGGGUCUUGCUGUUGUGGAAGUGAAGGAUGCAUACCCAAGUGUAUUGGAGGAUUUGCAGGCUCUGAAGGCAGCAGGAGAAGUUUGGCUGUUGUCAAACAUGGAUUCACAGGAGGACAUUGUUUACCCUAAUGAUCCAAAGGUAAAGAUCAAGGUUGAUGAUGACCUGAAGGAGCUCUUCCGUGGCAUUGAGUUACCGCGUGAUAUGGUUGAUAUUGAAAAGGAUCUCCAGAAGAACGGCAUGAAGCCAAUGACUGACACCACCAAACGACGAGCAGCAGCUCAGAUCCACGGCGUGAAACCCAAGGCUAAGCCUAAGAAGAAGCAACGCGAGAUAACCAAACGGACCAAGCUCACGAAUGCCCAUCUGCCUGAGCUGUUCCAGCAUCUUAAAUCUUGAUUGUGCUGUGAGCAGCCACUCCGAUGUAUUUGGUCUCAUCCUAGCUCUAGUUAUUGUCAUCGCAAUUUUAUGUGCGCCUGCAACCCUAGUUUGUGGUUAUGUGAGCUCCAAGAUCUUGAUCUGAGAGCCCUGUUAUAUGUAGCAUAAUCUAACCGGAAGAGCUUGCGAUUGUUUUUGAUGAUCAUAAUCCUCUCAAAA